GUGUUUGGAGGAGAGCCUAAACCAACUCCGGAUGUAUUCUUUGGGGCUCAACGAAUUGAAGAAUGAUGUAUUCUUAUUCUUUCUGUAUGGGCCACGUACCUGCCAUUAUUUGUUUUUUUGAAACAUGUAAUAUUCAAAGAUUCUAAUAUCAACAUGGAGGAUAACGCAUCUGCAUCAUCCCUUCAGUGGGACAUGCUUGAUCUAGCUGACCGUCUUCGCCAGGAACGACUUUUUGUGUCUUCAGAACAGGAACACUUAAAAGAACUCAAUGCCAAGGUGGUUUCAGUUUCAUCAUGUUUAGCUCAGAAGGCUUGGAUCAUGGUUCAGCAAAGGGCAAACCUGAAUAGACUUAUAUUAGCUAGGCCUGACUGUCCUCCUUCAGUUUGUUGCCAACGUGCAAUUGCACUUGAGGGCACUCAGUUUAUUGAUGGAGACAAAGAGCUCCCUUUCCAGGAUUGUCUAUCAUUUGGUGAAUUUAUGCAAACAUUGCGUACUUCACCCCACCUCCUUGCAGCUUGUCUUGCUGCUGGUGAUAGACUCAUGCCAGAAACAAUGCCUACAAUCAUAAAUACUCUGUAUGGAGGACUGUUUGGGUCUUGUUUGUUGCCUGAAGACAAACUUCUUGUCUUACGUCUGCUGCGACAUUUGACACAGAUCCAGCUUGUGCCAUUGGAAAAUCCUCGAAGGAUGCUUAGACAUGGUUCGUCUGCUCUUGCCAGAAUGUAUGCUUUAUUCCAUGAAGGUCUGUUCUCCGCUAAAAUAUUUUUAACAGCAGCAUUGCAUGAUCCAAUUAUGCAGUUACUCAUGGAAGAUGAGUCCUUUCUAGACAUUGACCCUGACAAGGCUGUAGUGAGAUUUGCUCCAGAUGAACAGCUGAAAAAGUUCGGCAAGAAAGGUACACCAGAAUAUGACUUGCGCUUGCACGAAUAUCGCAGUUGGACAGUGGUCAAUCUUGUGGGAUUAGUGCAACAUUUUGUCGUUAGUCUGAGAGAAAAUAUGCAUUGUUUCCCAACUUCUAUUCGAUGGCUUGUUCGGCAAAUAUCAGGGAUGCUCAGCAAAUCUGGACAGCUGAAACCUAAGGAGGUCUUUGACAUCUGUGUGGACCUUAUCUUCUCCUUUCUGAUUUGCCCUGCAAUUGUAAAUCCAGAGCAGCAUGGUAUUACUGAUGCACCUGUCAGUUAUAUCGCAAGAUUUAAUCUAAUUCAGGUUGCUCAAAUUUUACAAGUCCUGGCCUCCCGCAAAUAUCAAGAUGUGGAUCCUAAAGUGUGGGAUCUGUAUUCACAAUUCGAUAAAGACAUAUUGUCUUCUCUUGUUGAUGGACUCUUAGAAGGUGCAGCCAACGGACUCUUGGAAGAACCAGUCAUAUCAGAGAGUAGUAAAUUACAAGGACUGUCCCGCUCUGCUGCUCUCUUGACAGAGGCUGAGCUCUAUGGCUUGGUGAAUUUCCUCCAGAUGGUCCAGGCUAGUACUAGUCCUGAUGCAGCUGGACUCUUUGAUGAAGCUGGAGUCGACAGGAAACUCCUGGCAGCUCUUCUUGCACAACUUCCACCAACAGCCAUUGCUACUGCUGCAUCUUUUUCACAGCCUACCAGCAACAUGAAUGGCAAUAUGUCAUCUCCAUCUGGUGGUCCAGCUCAAGGUCCUUCCUCCUCAGGAAAUAAUUCUAAGCUAAACAAUUUGUCUCCUCCACAUGCAGCAAAUGGGAAUGGGUCCUCACCGGACACGCCCAACAGGAAGGCUAGCAUAAUAGGAAAAGGGGUUGCAGUAGCUAUGAGUAAAACUUCAAAGGCUAUCCGCAGUGUGGCAGGGUCUGGUGAUAGUGUUGAUGAAAACCUUGGAAAUGAGGGUGUUGAAGAUGGGUUGGAUGUGCCAAAGUACAGUGUGCUGGUCAUACCCUUCUCUCCUGAUAGGGGACAGUAUGUUGGCCUUCUCCCUGAGCAGAAAGUUUUGAACAUUGAUUGUGAGGCACAAAAAAAUAUCCCAACUGGAUCUGCUGUCCACCUUAGUGUGGCUGGUUCAUCUUCUGUAAGAGUACUGGGCAUUCCUCCUGAACGCUCAGAGAGUUUGGAGAAGCGCACAAGGUUCUCUUUAUCUCAUGACGAAGGGUCAAUUGGGAACACAAGUGACAAUCUUGAAGCAGUUUCAGAAGCUGCUUCUAACCAUAGUGUAGCUUCAUCUCUGGAACUAGAGAAUGAAGAUCAAGAUCAAAACGACAACUUGUCAGACAUGGUGUCAGCCAAUGUGUCUGGAAGAGGAACUCCCAAUAUAUCAGGACGUGAUACACCUUCUUCACAGAUCACAGAGGGUGAUGAAGGAGCAAGGAAUGUUGCCAUUGAGCCACGUCCUAACUAUGAUCUCCCACCUCCACCACCUCCAACCAAGCAAAGCCGCUCCGAUAUUGAUGAUAAAUUUGGAAAGUUUGAAAUCAAAAAAUUGCUUGAAGGUGAUGAGACUACAUCUCUUGUUAGUGAUACCUGGAGCACAGAUGUCCUUGCCAGUGAUAGUGAACUGAUUGAGCAAAGUGAUAGAGAGCGUGAGCGUGAACGUGAACGCAACUAUGCUCAACAACCCCCCUUGUUGCCACUCGCUUUACAGCCACCUUUAGUCCCACUUCCAGGUAUUUUACCUGGUCCUCCUGGUUCAGCUCAACAAAGUUUGAUUGAUAUGUCUGAAACUGCUUCUGAAGCAUGGAGCACAGAUGUUCUUGCUUCAGACUCAGAGCGCAUGCUUGAAAUAGACACUGAUGAUACUAGCAGUGUUGCUAGAUCUGAUGAUACCGCAAGAUCGGAGGUUGAAAGCCGGGGUGAACCUGAAGGUGGUGAUGAUACCCCUCCAUUGAGUUCAGCUGGUGCUGCAGUUUUUCGUCCAAUUCGAGAUGAAGGCAGACCAGCAAGCGUGUCUAGUUUGGCUAGUUCUGCCAGUGGAAUGGUGCCACCUUCCCCAACGAGAAGUGAUACUGUUGCUCAUCAUUCUUGGAAUGUAACUGGAAGAGGAGGGGGCCGUGCAGAUUAUAGAAGACGCACCCUUGAAUAUAUUGAUAACAAUGCUCGUGCACAAGCAGCUGCCAUCAGCCGACCAACUCCAUUGCCCAUCACUCACGAAGAGACUCGCAUUCCACCAAUUGGCCGCAGUCAAAGUGUUCCAGUUUCACCACCUCUGUCUGCAGUCAGUGAUCCUACCACAGCCUCUCCGUUGCUUCGUCCUGAGCCAUCUUCCACCCCUCUAAAUCCGCUUUCAGUAUCUGCUUCCUCACUGAUUCCUGUGCCUUCCAAUUCCACACCAUCCUCCUCCAAUGCUUCAAUGCUUCCUGGACCUUCUGAGGUGUUGAUUGACAUUGAUCGGGGAGAUGAAGCUGCUUCUCAGAUAGCAAGUCAUGCCAGCACAGCGAGUUUGACUUCCUCGAGUAGUAGCGCUGGCGGUGCCAGUGGUGGCCCCAGUGGAAGUGGUGGAAGCAGUAGUGCACAACCACCUCCACCUGCACUGACCUCAACACCCACUCCGGACUUGCCAGCUCCUGCGCCCGUGCUAGCCAACGGUAGUAUUUGUGGGGUUGGCGCUGUCCCUCGUACAGGCAUUGCUACUGGAGCCAUUCCGAAGAGCAUCAGCUUUGACAAGACGGCUGAAAGAGGAGACAAAGAGCUCCUGGAUGAUGACCAAAAACACAAACGUGGUUUCUUCAGAAACUUUAAACUAACAUUUAACAAGAAUCGUCGUGGGAAAAGUCUAAACCGGUCUGGUGAUGACAUGGGGCGGUAUGACAGUCUGGAUGGUGACGGUCCGCAUCUCCGUCUGAGACGUGGGCCUCCUGAAGAAGAAAAGGGAGCUUACGCUGAGUCUUCCGAAGACAUCCUUGCCAAGUAUCGUCGGAAGCCCAGCUCUGGUGCCGAUUCAGCUGCUUCCGAGUCAUCCGGGAGGGUACCGCUGUCCGCUGCUAGUCUCUCUGAACGCGACGCAGAGCAGGGCAGGGAGGACGAAAGGCUUUUUAUUGAUCCUAAUAAUGUGGAGGCAUCUUACGCUUUCAAGGAUGCAAAGAGAAAACUUAGAAUGGUCUUAAGCACUGCCGAUCUGCAUCAUGUGCCCUGGCGCUCUCAGUGCCCUAACAAAGUUGAUGAUCCAUUGUUGAGGAAAGAUAAUGAGUUGAUUGCAUUUUUGAAAAUGCAGCUGGCAGAGGCCAUAAAUUUGCAAGAUCGAGCUCUAGCUGCCCACUUGCAUGAAACAUUACGCUGCAUUAAACUGUUCAACAAUGAUGGAUGUCAGAAACUUUUCCAUUCUCUUAAAGAGGACUAUCGACAAAGAACUCCUUAUACUGCAUAUCUUGUCAGAUGCCGUCAAGGUUUACUAUCCACCCUGGCUCAUCUUGAAAGAAUGAUUGAGCGUAUUAGAUGUGAGGGAGUGAUAUGCAAUCGAUGUAUUGUUUCGGUGUGCGUCCGAAUGUUCUUGGAAAGAAGGGAAGGACAGGUCAAUGACUUUACUCUGGAGUUCCAACAGCUAACCCUUGCAGAUGAAAAAACAGAUCUUCUAGAGAGAUUUUUGCUAACUGUUGCUGCUGAUAUGGAAAGAGAUCCAUUCUGGUCAGGUGUUAACAAAGAGCAAUUAGAUCAAGCUCGGACUGCAAUUGAACAAGCUAUUAUAAGCAGAGUAUAUCCAUAUGCUCUGUAUCCCAAUGGGGAAGGUGACAUGUUACGCGAUAAAGUGCUUCAUAAUCAUAUGAAAAAGUUAUCUGAAAUUAUUACACCAAACCACAAAGAUAUUGAUAUUGCCAAGAUGUUUCACUAUGAGUGCCCAUGGCCUUCCGCCCAAGCAGAAAUUGCUUCCAUCUCUGCAUACAAGACACCUCAGGACAAGCUGCAAUGUGUGUCCCGUUGUGCAACUACAAUUAUGAAUUUGUUAAAGAUGGUUCAAGAACGCAAUGUUCCAGCUGCUGACGAUCUUGUUCCUGUGCUGGUUUUUGUUCUUAUAAAGGCUAAUCCACCAGCUCUCCUAUCCACUGUUCAAUAUGUGAACACAUUUUAUGGAAGCAGAUUAGAAGGAGAGGAACAUUAUUGGUGGACUCAGUUCUGCUCUGCCAUUGAGUACAUAAAGACCUUGGACUACAGGGAUUGAUCAAGUUCACGCCAUGACAUCAAAUAUGAAUCAUUUGGGAAGACUAUUCUUGAUUAAAAUCUCCAGUCAAUGGUUUGGAGAUUCAUUAUUUUUAAUGGCAUGGAGUGGAUAAGUUAAGCUGUACUCACAGUGGUGGGCAGGGCACUGACCACUGGGAUUACUGAUUAUCUGCAAGUGUAAUUGCAGACUCAUAAGCGUUUUAAAUGACUGAAUUAAUCAAAAUGAUAUUAGAGGAUAGAGCAUGGAUUCGAUUACUUUUAUAUAAGACAGUUUAAUGCCUUAUCAUUAUCAUGUGUUGGUAGAGAAUUGAAAUCACAUCUGUAUUUACUAUUUUUGUAUGGCCACAACAUUCAAUUACUGACAACUCCCUGUAAAAUAUUAAAUUAUUUCAUUACUUCUUGUAGUCUAUGAAGGAAACAUUCCCUGUCUGUGAUGGCCAAUUUCAGUGUGGUGCUAAAGAUCUUGUAUUCAGUAAGUGGAGAAAACUGAAAAAAAUGACAUAUUACAUAUUAUUGAUUCUUCUGCGUGGUGUAGAAUCCCGUAGACACUAGUUCCUUGUGUACAGCAAUAUAAAUGACCGUAAAAUUAUUUUUGUGCUUCAUUGCCCUUUUUCUAUCUAAUCUAAUUUUCCAUUCCUAGAUUAUACUGUAAUAAUCUUUAUUUUGUUUAAAGCAAAGUUGGAUAGGCUGAGUUUAAUUUGCCAAUUUGUUUCUUUUUCCCCAGAAUAUUAUGUUCUUGAGAUUUUGACUUAGUACAUGAAAUAUUACUUGUUUGUUAAUGUCUUAAGCUUUUGUUGCAUUUUUAUAUGGAUAAGGUAUUAUUAGUUUGUGUUCAGACCUUCUUUUUUUUUUUGAAGCAAGGUAUUCUUUCCUGAACCUACACAUCUAUCCCUCAUUUGAAUCAGUUGUUUGCUUCUUCAAACACCUCACUGCCAUUCAAGUGAUGGAUAAAUGUGUUUGAUUGUAUGGUACUCUGGAUCCUCUCCGUCUGUGCUGUUUCUUCCACUCUCUUGAAAAGAGCUGUUUAAUCAUCAAUUUAACACGUCACAAAGGCAUGUCGGUGGCUUAGGUAUGGUAUUAAACAUUGCUUGAGUAUUGUUAUUCUUUGAAAUCUACUUACAAUUUAAUUAUGUUUUUAAGCUAUUCAUCUUUUUUUUUUUGAUACUUCUUAUGUAAAGUUAUUGUCUUGUGUUUAUGUUUAGUUGUGGAUUAUAACAUUUAGGGUUCUCCCCUUGUUAUGUGUGCAGUCACUGCUGGUCAGUCGCAUUAUUAUUAAUAAUAAAUUUGCCUAGCUAAACUGAUAA